AUGGCGGAGCUCAUUCCCCUACAGGUCGACACUUAUGUGUCGCCUCCAAUCAAGACUGCGACUGGCCUCGCCGAUCCGCAGAAGCAAUGGUGGCAGCCCAUCACCAGUACCUUGAUACAUGGACCAGCUUCUGCUGUUCUUGUCGAUCCUCCUAUCACCAGCGCCCAAGCGGAAGCUGUUGGAGAAUGGGUUGACUCAAUCCUCUCGUUGUAUCCAGAUAAAAAGCUUCGGUAUAUCUACAUCACUCAUGCACACGGAGAUCAUUAUUUUGGUGCUUCAAUUAUUCAGAAGCGAUUUGCAGGUGUUGAAGUUCUUGCUACAGCUAAGGUGGUUGCCGGCAUCGAAGUAAUGAAUUCACCAGCUGUCUAUAAUGUGUGGGCUGGCUUGUUUCCGGAUGGACAACUACCAGAAGACAAGGUUCUGCCGCAAGCACUUCCGGAGUCCAAUGAAUUUCGCCUGGAUGGAGAGCUUUUGAAGGCAUACGACGUCAGUUCCGACUGCGAAAAAUCAUCUUUCCUGCACGUACCUUCGAUAGCUCUGAUUGUUGGUGGCGAUGUGGUUUAUGGGGAUUGUCACCAACACUUGGGAGAGGCGAACUCGAUCGAAAAGAGGCAACGCUGGCUUGACGCCCUUGAACUCAUCGAAAGUCUCGAGCCCAAUGUCGUGAUUCCUGGUCACAAACGUAGCAGUCAAAGUGAUGGACGCUACUUGGUAAAUGCAACACGAAAGUACAUUCAAGAUUUUGCUCGUUGGGGAGACGAGAUCAAAUCUGACGAUUCAAUCGACGAUGUCAGAAAACCCGAUGCACUAUUCACUAGAGUUAAGCAGGCAUCCCCCUAUCAUCCAUUGCGCUCCGGCGCCGACCAGAUCGCAAUCCUCAGUUUUAUCAUGGAUGCUGCCUUAUCUUUCUUGCCCGUGGUUCACAAUCACCUUUUCUUUGACGCCGUGGCUGCUUUUGCCAGCCUCGAUUUCUCGUUGAGAGUUUUCACGCCCCUUGUCAACAUCAACAACUGGCAUCAUCGAGAGGCUAUCAAUCAUCAAGCCGGGGCUAGUCGUACAUACAGCGAGAGUCGUGUAUGGGGCGAAGAAGGCAAUAUGGUGGUUGCGAUGUCCCAGCUGUCAAUCUUACGUACAGAGGCUGACAAGACGAAACUUUGA